AUGAGUUUUGCUCUACCUUCUUCAAAAUUACCACUUGUAUACAGACACCCCUACUAAGGUUUUGUAAAUAUUUUACCAUAUAUUGAUGGAGAAUUAGACACUAAAACUAAAAUAAUUGUAUUGAAUGUUAUAUUAUAUAAGGUUGAUCGUAUGAUUCAAUAAGAAAUGUAAAACAUGGACCCAUAAGAUUAUUUACAUGAAUUGCCAAUGCCUUAAACAAAGUUAACAGAUCUAUUGAAAUCAGAGAUGGAAAGAGUGUAAUAAUAGCAACCAAUGCCUAAAAUUGAUUUCGAAUAGAUACCAAAUUUCAAUCAAGAGUUUUAAUCAACUCAUGAAAUUUAAGAGGCCAAUUAGUAAUUGAAUGUGCUUAAUUAAUAUGCAUAAAUUAAGUAAUUUAAGAUCAUAUAUUCUUUAAGCAUAAUCAAUUCUGAAUUGCUUAAUAAAUAUGGUAAAGAAUCAUGGGCAUUAUUACUCAAAUCAUAAGAAAAUGAGAAGAAUAGAUUAUCUAAAGAGGUUGUAAAUUAAUAGCAAGAAUUAAAUCAUAUUAAUGCAUAAAGAAAAUACGAACAAGUAACAUUUACCUCAUAUUAAGAAUGAAGUAAAAUAUAAAUUGGAUAGUUUAAAAGCUAAGGUUAAAGAAGUCUUGACAAAUAAUGCUUAAUUAGAAGUUGUAUGUGGAGAAUUAGAACAAGAGAUAUAUGACAAGUAAAGAAAAAAAUUAAAAUUGAAUUGA